AGGCGGCGGCCCAGCCAGCCUGCACCGCGCCAUGGCCCCGCGCGCCCGGCGGCGCCGCCCUCUGCCCGCGCUGCUGGCGCUCUGCGCGCUGCUCGCCCGGCUGCAGGUGACCGUGCAGCUCUCUCCUCUGUGUCCCAGCGAGAGGCGUUACGAGCGUCUAGGGCGAUGCUGCAGCAAAUGCGAACCAGGAAAGUACAUGUCUUCUAAGUGCACUACUACCUCUGACAGUGUAUGUCUGCCCUGUGGCCGGGACGAGUACUUGGACACCUGGAAUGAAGAAGAUAAAUGCUUGCUGCAUAAAGUUUGUGACACAGGCAAGGCCCUGGUGGCCGUGGACCCCGGCAACCGCACGGCCCCGCGGCGCUGCGCCUGCAUGGCCGGGUACCACUGGAGCCAGGACUGCGAGUGCUGCCGCCGCAACACCGAGUGCGCGCCGGGCCUGGGCGCCCAGCACCCGCUGCAGCUCAACAAGGACACAGUGUGCAAGCCUUGCCGUGUAGGCUACUUCUCAGACACCUUUUCUUCCACGGACAAAUGCAAACCCUGGACCAACUGUACCAUCCUUGGAAAGACAGUAGAACAUCCUGGGACAGAGAAAUCAGAUGUGGUUUGCAGUUCUUCUCUGCCAUCUAGAAAGCCACCAAAUGAACCCCAGAUUUACUUGCCCGGUUUAAUUAUUCUGCUGUUCUUCAUAUGUGUGGCAGUAGUUGCUGCUGUCAUCUUUGGUGUUUACUACAGGAAAAAAGGGAAAGCACUAACAGCUAAUUUGUGGCACUGGAUCAACGAGGCUUGUGGCCGCCUAAGUGGAAAUAAGGAGUCCUCAGGUGACAGUUGUAUCAGCACUCACACAGCAGCCUCUAGUCAGCACAAAGCGUGUGAAGGUGUCUUACUGCUGACUCUGGAGGAGAAGCCGUUUCCAGAAGAUAUGUGCUAUCCAGACGGUGGUGGAGUCUGUCGGGGAGCGUGUGCAGGAGGUGGUCCCUAUGCACAGGGCGAAGACGUCAGGAUGCUCUCCUUGGUCAGCAAGACCGAGACCGACGGGGACCCCUUCAAGCAGAUUCCCACGGAAGACGAAUACAUGGACAGGCCCUCCCAGCCCCCAGACUGUUUACUGUUCCUGACUCAGCCUGGAAGCAAAUCCACACCCCCUUUCUCCGAGCCCCUGGAGGUGGGGGAGAAUGACAGUUUAAGCCAGUGCUUCACGGGGACAGAGAGCAUGGUGGAUUCAGAAAGCUGCAACUUCACGGAGCCCCUGUGCAGGACUGAAUGGAUUCCUGUGGCCUCUGAAAAGUACUUGCAAAAAGAGGUGGAGGGUGGCAAUUGCCCCCACUGGGCAGCCAGCUCCAACUCGGCAGAUGGCUGCACAGGCUGCGGGAACCCUCCUAGGGAGGACCAUGAACCCCUCAUGGGUUCCCCAAAAUGUGGACCCUUGCCCCAGUGUGCCUAUGGCAUGGGCCUCCCCCCCGAAGAAGUAGCCAGCAGGGCAGAGAGGGGAGACCAGCCCCAGGACGGGGCUGAUGGGAGGCUUCCAAGCUCGACGAGGGGAGGUGCUGGGUCUGGAGGCUCCCCCAGUGACCAGCCACCUGCAUCCGGAAACGUGACUGGAAACAGCAACUCCACGUUCAUUUCCAGCGGGCAAGUGAUGAACUUCAAGGGCGACAUCAUCGUGGUCUACGUCAGCCAGACGUCGCAGGAGGGCGCGGCGGGCGCGGGCGCGGCGGAGCCGGUGGGCCGCCCGGUGCAGGAGGAGACCCUGGCGCGCCGCGACUCCUUCGCAGGCAACGGCCCGCGCUUCCCGGACACGUGCGCCGGCCCCGACAAGCUGGGCGACCCCGAGAAGGCGUCGCGGCCCGUGCAGGAGCAGGGCGGGGCGGAGGCCUGAGCGCCCGCGACGUCGGGGUCCCCGCGGCCCCGGAGCCACCCACCUGGACGCGCGGGACAUACCUGCGCCCGCAGCCAGGAGCUGCCCCUGAGUCGGUCCCCACCGCUGCGCCCGUCCCUCCCGAUACUCACCAAGGAUCGGUACAUUUAUGGAAAAUUCCCUGACGUUCCGUCCACCUUGCUCUUCAGGGAGACAGUGGCUGUCCCAAGAGUCAAAUUGUCCCGUCUGCUCACUGCUGUCCACAUACACGUACCCACUGACCACAGGUGCACGGGCUCCCUCUGGCCGCCCACCCUUCACUCUCUUUUAGGGAUUUUCUCCUCUCCCCUCCAUCAGCAAAAUGUCCCUUAUGGGAUCUGUUUUUAGGGCUGUCCUGUACUAUUGAGAUCUAUAUUUUUCCUCCUAUAUUCUCGUAUUUCACUUUCAUACAUUUUUGAUACUUUUUUCUCACCUUUUUUUUAAGCUAUUUAAGCGUUUUCUUGAAAACCCUCCUUUAUAUAUUUGUGCCCCUUCGCACAGUGUUUUGAGAUGGCUUUCUCAGGGGUGUCUGUACUAACCACUUUUGGGAAAAGGCUAGAAAUAUGAAGCCAGAUCAAGGUGCAGGGGGCUUUUAUUUUUCUGAAAAAUGUUCUAUGUUCUCAUUUUCCUAAGAGAAAGACAGAGGGAAAUCCCAUUGCUCUCCCUGAUGUUUUUAAGUUUGUGUCAAUCCUUUAGCAAAACUAUUCAAUGUGUGACCUUGUUCCCAGGGUGGCUUAUUUAUCCAUGAUAGCAGAGGCAAUCAGGUGCUUAGUAACUAAAUCUCUAAAAAUCCAAGUUGCUGCAGUUUGGUGUCUGGAAAAGAUGUAGGAAACAGGACACAGGGCUAGCUUGCACACACAGUGGAAAGGAGGUGCCAGGGAAAUUCAAGAAAGAAAGGAUAAAGUUGAAAUUUUGAUUUGCAUUUUCUUUUCCUAGCUAAGAAUGUGUGUAAACGGGUCCUCCUUUCUCCCUAAAUCAUUGUGCAUCUAUAACUUAGCCUUGUAGAAGUGGAAAGCAUUCCUACUAUUUUCCAGUGCAUUUAAAUUAAAAACCAAAUCCUCAUUUUAAGAAUAUAAGAAACUUAGUCUUUAGAAUAAUUGCUUUUCUCUUGGCAUCAGCCCUAUUGUGAGGAAACAGUAUGAGUCAGAUUGAAAGGAGUCAACUGGGUUGGUUUAUCUACUGUGCUCAGUGAGCCAACGCGCCAAUGCUACCGUUCUCAAUGCUCAUUGUUCUCAAUGCACACUGUUCUCAAAUAUUGGAGAAAAGUUAAAACACAUAAGCAAAUUAAAGUUAAUCCUGCACAUCUGGUAGGUUAGAAGAGCACUAAUACUGGUCAUUGUCCAGACUUUAUUAGCCACAGAUGCCCAGCUGAAGAGAAUGACCAUCAUCAGUCACUGGUUUCUCCCUCCUGGUUGCAGUUCUCCUGGAAAUGCUGGGAUGGUGGCAGCUGAUUACAAUUUUUAAUGGAGAAGCAGAGGACGGCUGUGUUAUUUAUGAUACCCCUUAGCUGACAUAAAGAACUGCAGGAAAUUACUGCACUGCCAGGUUGAUCCACUGGUGGGAAUUUACCGUUUGUUCUGCCCUUUUAGUUAACAUCCAUCCACAGAGAUGUUAUAAAACUGUAAGAAGCUAUUAUCCCUUCUGAUAUGGAAUAUAUUA